AUGACCCAUUUUAAAAAAACUAGUUCAGAAAAUAGUAAUCAUAAUAUUCGAAUUUCACAAGCAAUGUCCAAUGAUCGAGAAACUCUAUCGAUUGAACAAAGAGUUGCAAGUCAAUCAGAUUUAGAUGCAUUAACAUGUUCAAUAUGUUUGUCUCUGAUGACUGCACCAAUCAAACAAUGUGUAUCUGGUCAUCUUGGUUGUGGAAGUUGUUUGGAUAAGGUUGCAGAGACAACAGGUAAAUGUCCACAAUGUAGAGUACCUAUUUCAAAUGGAGGACUGUCAAGAUCACUACUUGCUGAUAAUAUGUUAUCAUCACUAAAGAUUCAUUGUGAGAAUUACUUUCAAUAUAAUCAAGAAAGCAAGAAAUGGGUAAAAGAUGCAAGAGGAUGUCAAGAGAUUACAACUGUUGCUACAUCCAAUGAUCACAAGUUGAUUUGUAAAUAUACACUUUAUAGAUGUCAACAUAAAGGAUGCGAUGCAGAAGUAUUAAAAGAUGAUAUGACUAGUCAUCUUGCACAAUGUAAAUACCAACAACAACAACAACAACAAUCUCAAGAAAAGAUAUCAUGUCCAUUUGGUAAUGAUAUAUGUAAAUUUAUUGGAACAAAGAAAGAAGUUGAUAAACAUAUUCUAAAUGAAUUAUCAAAACAUAUAGAGACAUUUUCCAAUGUCAACAAAAAGAAAGAGGAUGCUAGAAUGCAAGCAAACAAUCAAAGAGUAGACAAUGAAAUCAAAUCACUUAAAGAUGAAUUAAAAGAGUGCCAGCAGUCAAUCAAGGAACUUAAAAAAGGAGUGGUUGAAUUUGAAUGGAUCAUACCCAACUACCUUUCCAUUUACAACAAAAGUAGUAUAGUUGAAUCUGAUCAAUUUAAUAUGGGCGGUUUCACAUGGUAUAUAGCCACUUUCACAAAGGAUAAUGAUUGGAUAGUAUUUUAUCUUCAUGUUUGUGACGCCAAUCAAAAGAUAAUCAAGGUGGAUUUUACUUUAGAUUUAAAUUUCCCUGGCAUGCCAGUCGCAGAUGGUGCCAGUAGUACACAUGAAAUCAGUGACAAAAGAGGUUAUGGAUUUACUGUCAGCUCAUACCGUGUAAACAAUAUGCUUCAAACCGAUUCUAUCUCUAUUGUAUUUAAAGGUUAUGUCGUAUCGGUGAAAAGUGAUACUUCUCAUCAAAGAAAAAAAUACAUUAACAUGUUCAAUAUGCUUGUCUCUAUGACUGCACCCGUCAAACAAUGUGUAUCUGGUCACCUUGGUUGUCAGAGUUGUUUGGAUCGUGUAGCAGAGACAACAGGAACUUGUCCACAAUGUAGAACACCUAUUUCAAAUGGUAGAUUGUCAAGAUCACUCAUUACAGAUCAUAUAUUAUCAUCACUAAGAGUUUAUAGUAAAGAUAGCAAAGAAUGGGUAAAAGAUGCAAGAGGAUGUCAAGAGAUUGUAACCGUUGAAACAUCAGACAAUCACAAGUUGACUUGUAAAUAUAAUCUUGUAAAAUGUCAACAUAAAGGAUGCGAUGUAGAAUUAUUAAAAGAUGAUAUGACUAGUCAUCUUGCUCAAUGUAGAUACCAAUCAAAAGCUCAAGAAAAGAUAUCAUGUCCAUUUGGAACUGAUAUAUGCAAAUUUACUGGAACAAAGACAGAAAUCGAUCAACAUAUUCUAAAUCAAUUAUCGGAUCAUUUACAAAUAAACAAUCAAAGAGUAGAUGAUAAAAUCAAUUCACUUCAACUACAAUUUACCAAAUCAAUAGAAUCAAUCAAAGAACAUUACAAUCAACAAACAAAUUCUCUUUGGCAAACACGAAUAAUGAUGGAGUCACAGAUGCAGUCACUACAACAAAAAUUGGAAUCACAAUUUCAAUCAAAAUUAGAUAAAUACAAAAACUCUAUCAUGGAAUCAAAUGAAGAGUAUGUGGAUGAAAUGAUUUGGGAUAGCGAGGAAAAAACAAUGGAAUUAAAUAGAGAGUAUGUGGAUAAAAAGUUUAAGAAAUGCAAAGAAAAAACAAAGGAUAUGGUGAAACACAUGCCCGUUCAUUUUGAAUGGAAUAUUCCAGACUUUUUGGAAAAGUAUGAUAACUGUAGUGAUGAGUUUUCCGAUUAUUUUAAAAUGGGUGGGUUCUAUUGGUACAUUGCUUCGUAUUUGGACGAUAAAGAUGAUGGUGGCUCUCGUAUUGGAUUUUAUGUUUUUUUGGUGGAUGACCGUGAUCACGGAGAAGCAAAAUCAUGGGUCAAGGUACAUUUUACUUUGGAAGUGGAAUUCUCUGGCUCGCUAAGCCACUGUGCACAGUUUACCAAGAUUUAUAAACUCGGCGAGUCUAAUGGCACAGGAUUUACCAUUGAUUCUGAUACAUAUUUGAAUGGAAUGGAUCACAACGAACUUGUCACUGUUACCUUUAAAGGUUAUGUAGCAUCAUUCGAUUAA